GCUGUUGUUUACUUUCUCUACACUUCCGGUCCAAAGGUCACUCGUUGUCCUUCCCUUUCCUGGCGGCAAGGCAUGCGAGUGCGCUUCUGAAGCAGAUUCUUUUUGAAUAAAGAGUUAUUUUUUGGGGUAUCGAAACCUAGUUUAUCUUUCUAAACAUGAGUUUGCCACUGAAUCCGAAGCCUUUCCUGAACGGCCUGACAGGGAAACCGGUGAUGGUGAAGCUGAAAUGGGGGAUGGAGUACAAAGGUUACCUGGUAUCUGUGGACGGAUACAUGAACAUGCAGCUGGCAAACACAGAGGAGUAUGUGGAUGGAGCUUUGGCAGGUCACCUUGGGGAGGUGUUAAUCAGGUGUAACAAUGUGCUGUAUAUACGAGGAGUAGAGGAAGAGGAAGAGGACGGAGAGAUGCGGGAGUAAUGAGGGGUUAUGGAUUUGGAGUUAAUGAUGUAUGGUAUAUUUUGUCUUAGUUGUGUUUUGAAGUUUUUGUUUCUUUUCUUUGUUUUGUGAAUGAAUGUGUUGGUUUUUUUACAUUGUAAAAGCAUAAUUUCCAGAUGCAGAGUGAUGCAAAUAAAAUUAUGCAUUUUGUA